CUCUAAGCCUCCGUCGUCUUCCCAUACCCGAAGGCAUUUAUAUUAGACCACAUUCAGUGAUAGUUGAUUACAAACUCAGUUGUGCUUUUGUUCCUGAUAGAACCAUGAGCCAGGAGCAGCCACGUAGAUCUGAAGCCGAGAACCAGCAGCAGCCCAUCAAAUACGGAGACGUUUUCGACGUCUCCGGUGAACUUGCUUCGAAUGUUAUCACUCCGAGAGACGCGGCUCUGAUGCAAGCGACUGAGAAUCAAGCAUUGGGACAAACCCAGAGAGGAGGACCGGCGUCCGUGAUGCAAUCAGCGGCUUCGGUGAACAAGAGAGCUGGCCUGGUGAGCCCAGACGACGUCUCAGACGUAGUUCGCAACCAGGGCCUGAGCGUCUCUGAAAAAAAAGUGGGUGCGAUUCGCAUCAUCACGGAGGCGGUAGGCCAAGAGGUGGUGGGACAGUUCGUGGAGCCAGACGUGCCCAUGAGAGAUCCUGGAUUAGCUCUGUACCCAGAUGCCAUAACCAUGGGCGAGGCGCUUGAAGCAUCGGCGUUGAGCGAGGCUGGUGAUAAGCCUAUGGAUCAGAGCGACGCCGCUGCAAUACAAGCUGCUGAAAUGAGAGCCACCGGAAGAAACCAGAUAACACCCGGAGGUGUAGCCGCCACUGCCCAGUCGGCUGCCACUCGCAACGCUCGCACCCUGUCUUACGAGCAGAGAACAACUUUGUCUGAUGUUUUGACUGAGGCGAAGCAGAAGUUGCCUGCGGAUAAACAGGUGACACGAGAAGAUGCAGAGGGAGUGAUUGGCGCCGAGAUUAGAAACAAACCGGAUAUGAAAACCACCCCCGGUGGUGUCGCAGCCUCAGUGGCGGCGGCAGCGACCCUUAAUCAAAACAAAUGAUGAAUGAAUUAAUGCACUAUGUUGGGACGUCCUAUGUAUGAAAUCUUAAGCUUUUUGAGGGUGACGUUUUUGGACUCAUUUUGUUCAUAAAUGUAUCGUGUAUGAUAUAUGAAGGUCUAUAUACAC